CUGCCGUAUGUUGUUUCCGUUGCCUGGAUUAAAAAGUGACUGUAACAGAAAAUCUGUUAAAAACUACAGUGGGUCCUAAAGUGCGGGUUUUGCUCCCGAGUUCUCUGUUGUACUAAACUCAGUCUUAGGGUCAUAUGUGGUUUGAAAUUUAAAGCCGAUAUUUUUUUUUUGCAGUCCCUGUUCACCCUUUGCGUCUCAGACCGUGUGUGUGUGUGUGCUAAAGGGACCAAAGAAGUGAGCGAGCAGAGCUGAGCACAGCUGUAGCGGCACUAUAGAACAGCUAGCUAGCGUUAGCCAGUCACUGCAAUGGCCUCCGACAGUGGUAGCAACAUGGACAGAGAGAUGAUUCUGGCUGACUUUCAGGCGUGCACUGGGAUCGACAAUAUUGCAGAGGCAAUCACUCUCCUAGAACUGAACAACUGGGACUUGGUGGCAGCCAUUAACGGUGUGAUACCACAAGAAAAUGGCAUCUUGCAAAGCAAUUUCAGCAGUGAGGGCUCUCAGACGAGCCCGUUAGGAGCUGACAGCCAGCCAGCAGCAACAGAACCGCCAGCCACAUCAUCACCAUCCUCACCGCCGUCAUCCUCUUCUUCUGCCUUCUGCCCUGUCCUGCCCUCCCGGCAAAUUGUGGAGCGGCAGCCACGCAUGCUCAACUUCCGCGUAGAGUACCGCACACGCUCGGUAGAUGUGGUAGUAGAGGAUACUAGCACAGUGGGAGAUGUCAAAAUGUUUUUGGAGACAGAGCUUCAGGUUCCUGUGUCUAAAAUGCAGUUAAAAGGCUGGAAGAAUGCAGAUGUAUCUGACAGUACGGUACUGAGGAGUUUACACCUGCCCAAGAACAACAGCCUGUAUGUAUUGACCCCAGACAUCGCUCCGUCUGCCAGCAGCAGCCAGAGCAGCGUCCAGCAGGAGUCAUUAAAUCAAAACUACCUGCUGAUCGUCAGCCACCGGGAAGCGCAGAGAGAGUACAGCCUCAAUUUCCCUGGCAGCAGAACCAUCCAGGAGGUUAAGAGGAACAUCUCUGAUUUGACAAACAUCCCAGUACGACAUCAGCAGUGGGAUGGCUGGCCUGCUUCAGCCUUAGAUGACUCGAUGACGUUGGCCUCCUCUGGGAUCAGCUACCCGUGUCAUCGGCUGAGUGUGUGCAGGAGAUCAUCUCCAGCCACUACUCUGGAACCAACUGAGGAGUGCACAGAUGUUCACAUGGUCAGCGACAGUGAAGGAGACGACUUUGAGGACGCUCCUGAAUUUGGAGUAGACGAGUCUGAAAUCUUUGGCAUGGGAAGCUCGAGUUGUCGAAAGUCACCAAUGAUGCCAGAGAACAGUGAAAAUGAGGGUGAUGCUUUACUGCACUUUACCUCCGAGUUCUCAUCAAGAUAUGGAGAAUGCCAUCCAGUCUUCUUCAUUGGUUCCUUGGAGGCAGCAUCUCAAGAGGCCUUUUACGGCAAAGCCAGAGAUAGAAAGCUGCUGGCCAUCUACCUCCACAACGAUGACAGUGUUCUCAGCAAUGUCUUCUGCUCCCAAAUGAUGUGUGCAGAGUCCAUAGUGUCAUAUCUGAGCCAGAAUUUCAUCACAUGGGCCUGGGACGUGACUAAAGAAGCUAACAAAGCCAGACUACUCACUAUGUGCACGCGGCAUUUUGGAAGUGUCGUUGCACAGACCAUUAGGACGUACAAAAUUGACCAGUUCCCCCUGCUACUGAUAGUCAUGGGCAAAAGGACAUCAAAUGAAGUUUUAAACGUUAUUCAAGGUAACACUACAGUGGAUGACCUGAUGAUGAGACUGAUGGGAGCAAUGGAGAUCUUCACAGCCCAGCAACAGGAGGACAUCCGAGAUGAGGAUGAGCGUGAAGCUAGAGAAAUGGUGAAGCGAGAGCAGGACGAAGCAUAUCGCUUGUCAUUAGAGGCUGAUCGCAAAAAGAGAGAAGCACAGGAGCGAGAAGAGGCAGAACAAGUACGUCAAGAACGAAUCAGGAAAGAGCAGGAAGAGGAACGGGAGGCCAUCCGUCUUUCACUGGAGCAAACCUUACCGCCGGAGCCCAAGGAGGAAGCAGGAGAACCAAUCAGUAAACUGCGUAUCCGAACGCCCAGUGGAGAAUUCCUGGAGAGGCGUUUCCUGGGCAGUUGCAAGCUCCAAGUCCUUUUCGACUUUGUGGCUUCUAAAGGCUAUCCAUCAGAUGAGUUCAAACUGCUCACCACUUUCCCCCGUAGAAACAUAACUCAGUUAGACCCGGCAUGGACAUUGUUGGAAGCCAAACUCUUCCCUCAAGAGACCCUCUUUCUGGAGGCCAAAGAGUAGGACUGACAGCACUUGGACAAAUCACACAAACAAUGAAGAACUUUAGCAUGGUGUCCACAGAGAACAGCCACACGCAAACACACUCACAGUACGUCGUACAUGAAUAAUGAGUGUUUAUGAUUCACACUGAAGCUUUCACAAGCACAGAGAUACUGACACUCACUCACACACAGAACUGUCAUGUUUUUCUCCACCCACUGAAAAGGUAACAAAAAAAAGAAAAAAAAAAAAAAAAAACAGUCGUGGAGACUCAGAGCGGCAUCACAGGUGAGGAAGAUCCACUAUGGCUGCUUUUUAGACCUGAUUUGUGCAAGCAAACAAAUAAGUAAAUAAAUAAAUACCCAAACAUGGUGGUAUGUGACAAGCAAAGAGAUAUUUCGCGAAGAACUUUGGACUAUUUCUUUUUUUCCCCACUCCAUUGGUUCCCUUGCUCUUUGGCCAAGCCCUAUGGAGUGCCAGCUAUCUGCAUCCCCUCUUUACUGAUGAUCAGAAAUGGCUUUGUUCCAUUUCCUUAAAAAAAAAAAAAUCAUGGUCAGUUUUCUCCCUUCCCUUUUUAAGUUUGAUGCUGUAUUAGUUUUAGUUGGAUACAUUAUAAAGUGUACAUAUGAACAUGUGUCAAUUUCAUGGUGCUUAUUUUUUUUUAUGGCACUGUGGGAUUUGGUAACAAUAAAAGAGUGUAGAGAUCGCUAUUAAUUUGGAUUUCAGAAAUGCAGAAAAAAGGUUGUUUCCUUAGAAUCAAAUUAACAAGGUAUGCACUGAGGGGCCAUCUGUGGCUGAACUUGUGCAAAGAAUUAGGGACGUUUAUUGUGCCUUAGCUUAUAGUCAUUUGUGUAACUUGAUUCCAAUCAUAAGUUAUGCAGUGACCUUUGGAUCUAAUAGUGUCACUUGGGAAAUGAGCAAAGUGAAAUCUUUGAAGUUCAGUUGUUGUAUUUUGAACAGGCAUGUGAUCUGCUAGCAGGAAAUAAUACAUUUCUAUUUGCAGUGACCUCUAUCUUCACAGGUGCAAGUUUUCUGGUUCAUCAAGUCUCGGCAACAAUAUUUUUCUUUUGGAAAAAUAAGUCAGUUUUUUUAAAGCUGGUGAAAAAAAGAGUUAUUAGGUUCUCAUAUAAAGCAGAACCUGGAAUGGAGGCUUUGUUUUAUUUAUGACCUGUAAUUGCAGUGACUGCACUGAUCUGUCAUUGGGAGUAACUAAAAUGAGUUCUGCUUAUAUAUAUUUUUUGCAAUAAUGCUGGAGGGUUUAGACAGAUAUGCCCAUAUGAAAGUCAAACAAAUGGUUGGAUAAAAUUGAUUCAUUGUCUUGUUUUUCAGCUGUGUUUUUCCAGACUUCUGUCUAUUAUCUGCCACAAAGGCUAAUUUUCCCUGUUCAGCUCUGAGAUUAAAAGCUUACUGCACCAUCUGCAGCGCCGUUCAUCGCACAACCAAAUAGAAGAAGUUUGAGUGAGAGAAAUGAAGUGCGAGUCCUCAGCCAGUCUCAACGACCUUGUGUGGAGCUUAGAGAGGUUGGGGAAACAUGUUUGGGCAUUCUGCACAUUAGCUUGUGUGUGGUGAUGCUUCUAUUCAGCAUGCAACACACGUUUCAGUAAAUGUUCUAAAAUGUAUCCUGCGUGCUCCUUCUUACACAGCGGAGCUAUUUUACAAGAAAUGUUUCAUACAGAGAGGGCCAUAAUUAUUGACACUCUUGAUAAAGAUGAACAAAAAUGGUGUGUAAGAAUAAGCUACACUUCACAAUAUGAGGAAAACGCAUAUAUUGUAAUGUAUUUAUUGUAAAACAAUUGUUUUGUGUACCAGUGUGAUUUUUUUUAAUGGGUUCAGUUUCAAUGUUAUUUUACAACCUUUCAGCCAAAGUCCUAGUGGCAUUUAGGCAAUCAAGGUACUUAGUUUAUUUGUAACUGUCAAUAAAGGCUUUCUUCAGGCAA